CUUCGCUCUGCAAACGAUGCUGUCAAGGCAUUCAAGUUUAACAGGACAACUCAGUUGUGUCCAUAUCGCAUUUCACUCCCUAUUUUCUUCGAAAAGGCUGGCAGUCAGGCUCAAUAGGUUCUGAGGAAAGCCUGGAGUCUUUGUGCUGGCGAUUUUUGGCUGCACCAACCCCCGUCUCGCCAGCUGCGCCAUCCCGCGAGAACCCCUUCGCACCCGCUACCCCAGACGCGUUGUCUAUCGGACGGCAGCGAAUUCCUCGAUCAAUCUUCUGGCACUCUACGGUCUGGAAACCACUAUUCAAGUGAGGCCUCGCAUAAGAGACGUAUAUCGAAGAUGAACGCGUGGUUGGGGUUGUGAUUCAAAAGGAUAUGUCGCGCCCGCCGGGCAGCAAGUUCGCUGAUUUCUUCCCAAGCGCCCCAAGUGUCAUUGGUACGAAAUCUUCCAGAUUAGACGCAGACAGACCUCGACUUCGACAGACCGAAGGACGCGUGGAAGAUGCGCUUGACAAGGACGGUAUUGCUCACGCUGCAUUAAACUCAGCAACGAGUCUACCGCCACCGUCAGCGAAACAGGACAACGCGGCCAAGUUAACCAACUAUUCUGUGGUCCAGGAGGAUAUCGAACAGUUCUCCGGGGAUGUUCUCAAUGGUGUCGGCUCAGCCAGUUCGUCAAGCACCGCUUCAUCGGUCUUUAGUGCACCUCUCGCAAACGCGGCCAUGUCUGGCACAAAUCAUCUUCAGUUUAGCACUCUCACUCCCCUAACAAACUCGGACUCUUCGCCAAAUGCGAAAUUAAUCAGUCCUACUACGGACUCGACUUCAAAUGUUCUCAUGGACAACAAUAAUGCCGCGUCAGCUUUGCACCAGGGUUCUAUGACACCGCUGCCCACUCCCCCGGCUCACCGAAGAUUUGCGCGCGACUGCAAUUCGCACAUCAAGGGGACAAAAUGCACCUACGAUCCGGAAUUAGACAAGAGCCUGAGCUCUAAGGAUAAACGAAAAUUGAAAGCGCAGUUUGAGGAUUUUGGAGCCAAACCUGAAGACAAUUUCCAACCACCAGAUCCGCGGUUGGCCAUACUCAACUACACAAAAGGUGGCGUAGGCAAAGGCAAGGCGAAGUUUCGACCCGCACCAUACAAUUUGAAAUCUUGGGCCGGUGAUGCUGCGACUGCGGUUGCGCCUCCGCCGGCCACCAGUGUGGUCGUGACUGGCUUCGACCCUAUGACUCCUCUUUCUCAAAUCAGCGCGCUGUUUUCCAGUUUCGGCGAGAUCGCUGACAUGGACAACAAGACUGACCCGGUGACGGGGCGAUUUUUGGGAAUAUGCACGAUUGGCUACCAGGAUUGCCCUUCGUUUCAAGGUGGUGGCCCGAUCUCUGCCGCGCUUGCGGCAAAGACUGCAUUCCUGGAGGGUAAAAGAGGUCAACGGAUCGGAUUGAAAACCGUGCAAAUAGUGAUGGAUCGGGAUGGCUCUGUUGCGGAAAAACUGGUCGAGAAAGCCAUUGCUCUACACCGCAGGGAAAGUGGUUUCACAAGUCAAUCGCGCCCACAACCAUCCCCAGCUCCUUCAACGCCUGUUGGAACGCAGUCACCUGGGUUUGCCAAGUCGACCGGGCCACCCCCGACGGCGCCGAAAGGUCCAUCAGGGAAGCCUUCCAUUCGACCACAACCUAUCUACCACGCCCCGUUCCCAGGACCUGUGGCGCCUGUAGGACCAGUGAAACAGGAGAGGCCUGUAAAGCCUUCAGGGCCGUCAAUUGUCGAGACCACUCCGAUCGCGCCAACAUUAACGGUUCCCUACGUCUUCAUCGCUCACUGUUAUGUUCCUGUUAUGAGCACGACCAUACCACAUCUGAAAAAGCGGAUGAGAAUGUACGAUUGGCGAGAGAUCCGUUGCGACGAAACGGGUUACUUCAUCACAUUUGAGCAGUCGCGCAAUGGGCAGGUGGAAGCGAAGAAAUGCUACUAUGGCUGUCACAUGCAGCCGUUGUUCACGUACAUCAUGAACCUGGAACUUCAUCUCAACGGCAAUGGCAAGGCCAAGAUAGCCGAGACACCAGAGCUCCCACCGUCCGGGCCUACUGGGCCUACUGAUUUCGUCUACUCCAAGCAAGCCUAUCGGUUAAGGAAGGAGCACGAUCUUGAUCUUGAAGAAGAGAAAAGACAACGAGCGAAGGACCUUGACCCGUCAAGAGCCGUAGUUCAGCUGGUUAUCCAGGAACUCAGGGAUAAGCUGCUUGAGGACGUCAAAUCGCGGAUCGCAGCCCCAGUUCUCUACGAUUUCUUGGAUCCAAGCAACCAUGUAGAAAGGCGAAGGCGAUUGGGACUUGAUGAUCCGGAAAGCAUGCGCAAAGGUGUUGCCACUGAUGAGGGUUCACGUACUCCAGAUUCUCGGUUCGGAGCAGGAUGGAUGAACCGACGGCCACUGGGAAGCAAAAACCUCAACAUCCUCUCAUUACCCAAAAUCGGUAAGAGAUCCGGCACAGACAAAGGCAUGGUGGGUUUCCGGGAUGAAAGGAGAAAGGCUCCUGCUGCAAGACCGUAUGUUCGACCAUUAUUCCACCAAUUGGCACAGUUCCACGAUGAGGAGGACUCCGACGAUGAACAGCGGACUGUCAUUACUCGGGACACGGAAGACCUGGAGAGCCGUCCAGCAAGCCGGAUGAGCAUGACCUCGCUAUCUGAUGACGAUGAUGAGCUUCUGCGUAAAGCAACGAAACGGCGAUUCCAGGCUCGCGAGGAAUCAGAAAUGGGAGAUGGCACUGUCAAAGAUGAAUUCGAUACUACCAAGUCGACUGCUGAAGAUCUCAUCAUCGCCAAGCUGGAGAGGAACAUUUACGAAAUGUCUCCUUCGUCACGCAAACGCAAGAGGUUGGUGAAGGAAUUGGAGGCUAGGAAACGCCAGAAGGCGGACGAUGAGCUUUUCGGCAUGGGCCACACCCCAUUGGAUCGUGAAGAAUCUGUCGAUGUCAAAUUGCAAGAGACCGAAACCCCUACGGAGGCUACGCCUGAUGUCGACUCCGACGUUCCUAAGCCAGAGAUCAAGAAACCUAAAGCAAAGAGAAAGACAAAGAAGCAGAUUCUGGCGGAACAGGAAGCGCUGCGUCGGGCUCAAGCGGAGGCUGAAGCUUCUGAGGUGGUGGAUAAUGUCCUCGAAUUCGCUGAAGAAGAAGAAGCCCUUGCCGAAGCUGCUGAAUGGCGACCAGAAGUUGAGUGGGGCGUCUCAGCCGAAGAACCUUUACCGACUGUAGAUGAUGACCCAGACAUCAUUCCUGAUCUCCGGGGAUGGCAAGCUAGCCUCUUCGACGAUGAAGACCUGGAGUUUUUGUCGUCAGCCAUGAGAUCCAAGUUGGCUAUGGGUAUUGGUGAUCCCAUGGCGUGGGCUUGGAAGCAAGAACAAAUCCGCAAUCUCAAACCUGGAUCUCAACCCGGAGGUUUGCGGACUGAACCACCCAUUGAAGGGUAUUAUGUUCCAAACCCAACAGGAUCAGCCAGGACGGAGCCUAUACGCAAGAUAUUGGAAUCCGAAAAGUCGAAAUAUCUGCCGCAUCGCAUCAAAGUGCAGAAAGCCCGAGAGAAGCGUGAAGCUGAAGCCAAGAAGGAUCCGUCCGGCGCCAAGCAGCAAGCUGUGGAACUUCCCAAAGCCUCUUCUCGAGGUAAGCGGGCCGAUGACAGGCGUACGGUCAAGGAUUUGGACCGACAAAGAGAGAUGUUGCGGGAUUUGGGUGACGAUGCCGAUGUCUUACGCUUUAACCAGCUUCAGAAGCGGAAGAAGCCUGUGAAAUUUGCCAGAUCUGCCAUUCACAACUGGGGUCUAUACUCGUUGGAGAGGAUCCAAACGAGCGAAAUGAUCAUCGAGUAUGUGGGCGAGAAGAUCAGGCAGGAGAUUGCAGAUCUCCGCGAAAUCAAAUACACGGAGAGCGGCAUUGGCAGCAGUUAUCUCUUCCGAAUCGACGAAGGCACCGUGGUGGAUGCUACCAAGAAGGGCGGCAUCGCCCGAUUCAUCAACCAUAGCUGUUCACCCAACUGCACAGCCAAGAUCAUCCGGGUCGGCGGUACCAAACGUAUUGUCAUUUAUGCGCUGAGAGACAUUGAAAAGGACGAAGAGUUGACUUACGACUACAAGUUCGAGCGGGAGAUCGAUAGUGACGAUCGCAUCCCGUGUCUCUGCGGCUCGGCGGUUUGCAAAGGGUUCCUCAACUAGAACAGCGGUGCUGGGGUUUCUUCUGCUGGUAGUACCAGCAGCCGGCAAUCUAUGGAGAAGGCGUAUUCAAGGUGUCUACGUGCGUACCGGGGCGCGUGGCAGAGUCAAUUUUUCCGUUUGUGUAUGUGCAUGUGUGACACUAGGGAGGAAGGAGCAUUAUUGGGACUACGGCGUUUUUGCUCUCUCUGCUCGAAUAUCAGAGGCCAGCGCCAUCAGAUUUGACGGUGGUAAAAAGCAUGGCAUGGCACAGCAUGGCGUGGCAUGGUCAGGGUGUGUGAUUCUUGUGUCUUGCCAUUGGUAGAAGGCGGACCGAAUCCUGGAGGAGGGUACAACAGGGCAAGGAACCGCACACUUCGGAGAAGGCAACAAGAUCGUCUCCUCAACAGCGGCGACGAUCGCGGGCAAAUGCAUUCUUCGAACCCACGUCGUCACAUCAAGACGACUGAAGUUUGUGCGAAGGAAGGACUUGCAAAGGAACAGUCCAUUCAAAGGAAGCUAAACGACAAACCGAUCAAGGGCACCACCAUGAUUCUGGCGUAAUGGCUUGAAAAAGAGAAAGGCAUUUUUCAUAAGGCCAAUCACUUUUUCUAACUUGUAUAGUGGGGAGCCUUUUUGCGCGCGGCAGUGUGGGCUGGAUUGCCUUGCCUGCCGAUGGCUCCAGGUUUGCGUACAUAGUUGCUAAACAACCAGCUUUCAAUAAGCAGGAUAUGAACGAACUUCAAGUGGUUCUAAGGUCUCUAGCGGAAGGGAUAGAAUUGGAUCCCCAAUGGCUGGACUCAGGAUCGUACCAUCCACAACCGUCGUAUGCCGGUCAUCUCGGCCGUGUGAGAGAGAGGGGCGGUCCAUUUCUUGAUCAAGCUCACCAUUGCCGACGCACAUUCCAACAAAGGAUGACACCCA